UUGAUAAGAAGUAGUCGAGAAGUACGCAGUCUAGUUCUUUGUUGGAUUUCAAACACUGAUAUCAUAGAGUUAAAUAGUGCGUUUUAAGUGGUUUCAACUAUGCGUUUUAGUUGAUUGCAAAAAUCAGAACGAAUUUAAUGAUGAUUGUUCCCGGAUUAACUCUUAUAGUUUUUUUCACAGUGCUGAGCCCUAUUUCGUCAAAGUUUACCGCAGAAGAUUGCAAGACGUUGGGAUUCAAUAAAGCAAAUUUGUUGUGCUCUACAUGUGACAAGUUUGGCCAAUCUAAUCUAAGUGAUAUACAUGCUAAAUGCAAGGAAUGCUGUUUAAAAGAUGAUGAUGAUGAUGAAUCAAGUCUCAGGAGAUAUCCUAAAGCUAUACUUGAAGUUUGUACCUGUAAAUUUGGGGCAUAUCCUCAAAUUCAAGCAUUCAUCAAAAGUGAUCGACCCAGCAAAUUCAAGAAUUUGCAGAUCAAGUAUGUACGUGGAUUGGAUCCGAUCAUCAAAUUACUUGACAUGGAUGGAAAGGUGGUGGAUAAUCUUGACAUUCAUAAGUGGGAUACAGAUGAAGUAGACGAAUUCUUAGCAACGCAUCUUGCUGUGGAUACUUAAUAGUAAAUAGAAAUAGCAAUUCUACAGUUUCGUCUUCUGAAAAUGGAUUCUACCAGUAGAAUGGAUACCACGAUGACUUUUUCAAACCAUUCCUUCAGUAAUAAAACGGUUCAGAUGAAUAAAGCGAAUUUUGUUAAUA